UCACCAUCACAGUCAGUCUGGGCUUGUUUUAACAUAACCGGGGGCACUUCGACAGCAGGCACACACCAUGUAGUAAAUAAGCUGCUGUGGCUGCUCGGGGACUGGUUGGGGCACACUCUAUUUCGCCGCUGUGUGAGGACAUUUGCUUGUUAUUUUCUAUUUAAGGUGACAGUUUUGUGUUGGGGGCCGCCGCUGAUCAGGCGAUGAAGUGCAGAGAAUGAGAGCUGUGCCUCGGCCUACUGCUCGCGUCGCUGCAGCUGGGAUUGUGCAGAUCCGCUUUCACAAACCGAGGAAAAUACUCGCUUUGUGCCACACAAUCAAACAUCCGCUUGUGGCUUCACGUUGACCGACCUCCAAAUGUGUCACCACCUCUACUACAGCCUCAGCGCUCCUCCAUUGACUGUACGAGUCAGCGAUCGCCAUGACCCACAACCAUCAGACAAAGCGGAUAUAGCCAUGACAACAUGAACCAGUCAUACAGGCCGGUUGUUAGGGUGGGCUCAGUGUUUGGCUCUGGCCAGCCAGAGCUGAGGCCCCGCAAUGGUCUUGUGAGCACUUCCUAUGGAAACCAAUGUGGCAUUGUGAGACGUGGGUCAGACCAACCAUCAGCCGUGCAACUGCCCUCCUCCAGCUGUAAACAGCCAGACCGAUCUCACUGCUACAGCUCGCUCAAGAGGCUACAGGACCUGAACACUGGGGUCAACAGGCCUGACCUAGAGAGGGACCUCCAUCCGAGGAACUACUUGCACUGUGCAAGCCCGAUCAGUGAUGAUGAGGAUGAUGAUAAUGAUGAUGAGGAUGAUGAGGAUGAUGAAUUUGAGGCACCAUUAGUCCAGCUGCCUCCUUCUCCGGGCAAUGAUGAUAUGGAGCCCUUUGAGACUCUGCAGGACGUGAAUAGAAAGGACUUCUCCCCUCACAGUACUGACAGCUUGGAGCGCUGUUCUCCGAUACCCAACGGCUACCUGCAUUUUGAAUCCUUGCUUUUUGACAGCAGUGACAUCAAGGAAGAGGGGGAGGACAGUAGUAGUGAGGACAUGGCACCUUUUCACUACUCCCCAAAGUUGAGUCGCGAUCGAACUGUGACUGACAGUAAGACCACGAGCAGCUCGGGGGUGGAUAAAAGAACAUACAAACCUACUGUCUUGAACCUGAUGUCCAAAACUAUAUCUGAACUCAACCCCACACUAAGCCCCAGCGCACUGCCAGAGAUCACGAUGAGAGAUGGGUGGAGCUUCGAUGAAGAAUCGGACAGUGAUAGUGAAGUUGACCAUGGACUAAUUUCACCAGCUGGCACCAACUCAAAUUCCAAUAGCCCAAAGAAAAAACCUCUUCCUGCAGUGAAAUACACAAAAGGGGACUUGGUGUGGGCUAAAUUCAACAGACGGCCCUGGUGGCCGUGCCACAUCAACUGUGACCCACGCCAGGGGAUCCACACGAAGAUGAAAGUUCCCCAUCCCCGUCCUUGUCGGAUGUAUUACGUUGAAACCAUUGGGGAGAUUGCAGAAUGUGCCUGGGUCCCCGGAAAUGCCAUUCUUUCUUUUGAGGGAGGCCAUCAGUUUGCAGACCUACCUGUGCUUCGACGGAGAGGGAAGCAGAAGGAGAAAGACUACAAGUACACGAUACCCAAAAGUUUACUGACUGCGUGGAAAGUCAGCGUGGAAGAAGCUGAGGGUCAGCUCCCAGAACGAAAGGAUACUGAAAGUGUGCUUUCAAUAUCUGAGAAUGGAGAGGAGCGUGUGCCCAGCCCACUCCCGACCGAAAAGCCACAGGACGCCCCGUCUGUCCCUGUGGAUACUAGUCGGCCCCCGUCACCCAGUAUGGCCCCCAACGGAAAUGAGCACGAUCUUGUCAAAAACUCUCCUUCACUUCCAUACAACAAGAGCAAAGCUUGUAAGAAGAAAAAAAAAUGUUUGUCAGACAUAUUUGGUCAUAUAGUCAGUGGAUCAAAAGACUCAUCUGCCAUCACAAACAUUACAGAACAGUUUCAGACAACAACUUGUACACUGAAGGAGGAGCCAACAGACUCACCGUAUGCAGACCUGGAGUCAGUUCCAAUACUCCAUCGUCUUAAACGCACAUUAGCGUCUACAUUACACAAUAUAGAAAGAUUGGUCAAAAAAGAAGAGGGUUUAACAAAAGCUAAAACAAAGUUGACAGAAAAAGUGAACCCUUCUCCAGAUCCUUGUGAUUCCUCUCUCAUUUUAACAAAAGGAUCGCCACCUAGAGACACACAUUCUGAACAGGCUUUGGUCAGCUGUCAUGAAUUGUUGCACAGUUCAACUGAAAAGCAUUCUAUGAAUCUCCCUGCCAGCAGCCGUCUGAUGACGACGGCUCUGAGAGCAGAGGAAGAGACGGAUCUCAAAGAUGCACUGAACACAAACCAAAUCUCGACAGAUGCCCACGCGGAUUAUUCUCUUGACAACACACCCUCUGAUGCGCCCAUCAAAACUGAAAGGUCUCCGAACUGGGAAUCACCCAGCAAUGCAUUACUCUCCACAAAUCACAGCUCUCCAAAAAGGCGUGCCAGGAAGCCUGAUAAGAAACAAAUUCGUAAUGGCUCGUUGCUAAAGUCUAUGCGCGUGGACUCAGGUGUACCCACAGUGCAACCGGUUCAGGUCAAGACCGAAACCCCAGAUCUAUCAUCGUCUACUUCCCCAUCCUCAACUCUGUCUCCAAUGGAUGCUUUCCAGGAUGUCAAGGAACUCAUGUUUAAAUCUCUUGUGAAGGAGGACAACAGUGACUCUGAGCAGACCGCAUUUCGGCCUGAUUCCAAUUAUAAAUUCAGCACCUUCCUGAUGCUCCUGAAAGACAUGCAUGAUACCAGAGAGCAGGAGGGUAAACCUCUGGCUCUUCCGCCUGUGCCAGUCGUCAUCAAGGAGGAGCCCCUGGUGAUCCCUACGUCGACAGGAGGAGACUUGAAGGGUUCUUGUGAUGGUAAAACUCGAGCAAUCAAAACGGAGAAUGGGAGGUCAGGGAAGUCCACAACAGCCAAAAGCACUGCAGGGAGAGGCAAGAAUCGGACUAAACCUAUCAUGUGCGCUGACACCUACCAUUGUGGACUCUUUCCUAUUCGCUCUCAGACUGGGAACUCGGACAAGCAGCGUAGAAAACAAAGACUACCUGCCAAACUAAAUCUCAGCAUACCUGGGCUUUCUUCGGACCUGGCUGACUUGGCUUACGGUCGGGAGUUCGUCAGUGGCCACGCUGACUUAGCUGAUCCCGGGUCGUGUCCUCUCGCCGCCGCUGAUCCCUCGGCCAGCUACCUCGAUAAGAACUCAGGGUCCACAGUGGCUCCAAAGAAGCGCUGGCAGAUGCUUGAGGGGGCUGCUGAGAGUACGGGUGAAGUUAGAUGUGAGGCGUCCGCUGAGAUGAACGGGUCUUACCACAUGAGCGCAUCACCAGAUAUUGAUCUGGGAGUUGAGAAGCAGGCAGAGAACGACUCGCUCUUCUUCUUGGAGACAAGCGGCGCAGCAGGACAGUCAGAGAACAAGCGUCUCCGCAAACCAACUAAAAGGCUCCUGGAGUCAACUGAGGAGUAUGAGCAGAUAUUUGCCCCAAAAAAGAAGUCAAAGAAACACACCUCAGAAACUUCCAAAAUGCAGACCUCAGGGAUGACGGCACUUCAUGAUCUCAGCACCACACUGGGAAUAAUGACCUCAUCCUCGUCUUCUGUUGAGCCCACUGAGGCUUCGCCAGAGCCGGAACAGAGUCCAUCUCCGGAUGCACUUUCUCCCGUAGCAUCCCCUCUAUCUCUAGCCACACAACCCUCCCCGAGUGCAGAGACAGCAGAAGAAACCAAUCUACCUCCUGAAUCUGAUACAGGGUUAUUCGUCCAAGACAGAAAGAGGCCAAGGAAGCUGUCUCACAAGGUGCUGGAAUGUACCAUAGAAGAAGUUGCCGUUGCUCAUACAAAGAAGAAGGAGCCAAAGCGACAAGACAACUUUGUCAAGAAAACUCAGGUUGGAUCUGUGAAGAAAGAGAAGCCAGAACCCAGUACACCCUCUGCUCCUGCUGCUGCCCCCCAGCAGUCAGAAAGCAAAGACCUUCCAGUGGUGCUCGCUGAAAACCGGCCUCCCAGACCUCAGGGGUCUAAGACGCCCCGGCAGGAGACUGAGCUGGAGGCCUGCAGCACUGAGGAGAAAGAAUAUGCACACACUGGAACACUAACUCCCAAACCUGAGGUGCUGCUGUCUGUUAGUUUGAAUGACAGCCUCUCUUCUCAAGUGGAUGUGAAAGGGAAAAUAGGUGCUACAUCCUUAAAGGAGAAUGUCUGUCAGGUGUGUGAGAGGACAGGCGACCUGCUGGUGUGUGACGGUCACUGUUAUGGAGCCUUUCACCUGCAGUGUAUUGGCCUGUCAGUGGCUCCCAAGGGGAAAUUCCUCUGUCGUGAAUGCAAAGCUGGUGUCCACACGUGCUUUGUGUGUAAGAAGUCUGGUGAUGGGGUAAAGCGCUGCAUCAUACCAUUGUGUGGGAAGUUCUACCACAGCGACUGUAUAUUGCCAUAUUCGGCCACACAGCCACAUAACAAAGGCUUCCGCUGCCCUCUGCAUGUGUGUCUGUCUUGCCACGUCACCAACCCUCUCAACAUCUGCAGCACUAAAGGUCGGUUGGCUCGAUGUGUUCGCUGCCCUGUGGCCUAUCAUGCCAAUGACAACUGUAUGGCAGCCGGUAGCCUGGUGCUGGCAAACAAUAGCUUCCUCUGUCCAAACCACUUCACUCCCCGCAAGGGCUGCAAGAACCACGAACACAUCAACGUGAGCUGGUGCUUUGUGUGCUCUGAGGGGGGCAGUCUGCUGUGCUGUGAGUCCUGUCCUGCUGCUUUCCAUCAGGAAUGUUUGAAUAUCGAGAUGCCACAGGGCAGCUGGUUCUGCAAUGACUGCAAAUCUGGAAAGAGGCCUUGUAUUAAGGACAUAAUGUGGGUCAAAUGGGGGCGGUACAGGUGGUGGCCUGCAGAAGUCUGUCUCGCCAAAGAUGUCCCAAACAACAUCUUGAGGAUGAAACAUGAGGUGGGAGAGUUUCCAGUGCAAUUCUUUGGCUCCAAAGAUUUUGUGUGGACGUACCAAGCCAGAGUCUUCCCCUACAUGGAGGGGGACACUCACAAUGUAGAGAAAAUGGGGAAGGGAGCAGAUGCAGUGUACAAAAAUGCCCUGACUGAUGCAGCAGAGCGGUUCAGAGAACUCCAGGUCGAAAAGGAGAUGAAGCAGCUUCAGGAGGACCGGAAGAAUGACAAGAAACCUCCUCCAUACCGGCACAUUAAGGUCAACCGGCCAAUUGGUAAGGUGCAAAUCUUUACGGCUGACCUAUCCGAGAUCCCACGUUGCAACUGUAAGGCGUCUGAGGAGAACCCAUGCGGCAUCGACUCCGAGUGCAUUAACCGCAUGCUGAUGUAUGAGUGCCACCCUCAGGUGUGUGCAGCAGGGGAGCGAUGUCAGAACCAGGCCUUCACAAAGCGCCAGUACACUCCUGUGGAGAUUUUCAGAACACUGUCCCGCGGCUGGGGUUUAGUUGGUUUGUCGGACAUCAAGAAGGGAGCCUUCGUGAGUGAGUAUGUGGGAGAGGUAAUUGAUGAAGAAGAAUGCCGAGCCAGGAUCAGACACGCCCAGGAGAACGACAUCUGCAACUUCUACAUGCUGACACUGAACAAGGACCGGAUCAUUGAUGCCGGGCCCAAAGGUAACCAGGCUCGCUUCAUGAACCACUGCUGCCAGCCAAACUGUGAGACACAAAAGUGGACUGUUAAUGGGGACACCAGAGUCGGACUAUUUGCUCUACAAGACAUCCCAUUAGGUAUGGAGCUGAAUUUCAACUACAACCUGGAGUGUCUCGGCAAUGGCAAAACUGCUUGUAAAUGUGGAGCAUCCAACUGCAGUGGUUUCCUGGGGGUCAGGCCAAAGAACCAGCCAUCAGCUGAGAAACUGAAACUGAAGGAGGGUAAGAGGAAGAUGCCCAUGAAGAAGAAGACCAAGCAAGAAGUGACCAAGGAGAGAGAAGACGAGUGCUUCAGCUGUGGUGACGGGGGCCAGAUCGUGUCCUGUAAGAAGCCGGGUUGCCCGAAGGUCUAUCACGCCGACUGUCUCAACCUGGCCAAGAGGCCUGCAGGACGAUGGGAGUGUCCGUGGCACCAGUGUGACGUCUGUGGUAAAGAGGCAGCUUCGUUCUGUGAGAUGUGUCCCAGCUCUUACUGCAAGGAGCAUCGUGAAGGCAUGCUCUUCAUCUCCAAACUGGAUGGCAAGCUGUCCUGCAGUGAACACGACCCCUGUGGACCUGACCCACUGGAGCCUGGGGAGAUCCGUGAAUUUGUGCCCAACAUGACCUCCAUUAGGCCGGGGGCUGUGGCUGUGGCCGUCACGCCCUCGCUAGGCCCAGACUCCAGAGGAGCCAGUUCUGCUCCCAUCACUUCCCCUGCUGGCCUGGUUGCCACGGUCGGGGAGAGGCCUCCUCCUCGUCUCUAUAUCAACACGAAGACUGCCACCUCGAGCUUCAUCCCCUCCAGCAGGUCUUUCCGCACAGACAGGACUGAAGCGCAAGGGUUUUCCAGUCCCACCUCCUCCAAGGAUGAAAAUGAGGACGGGGAGGUGGAGGACGGGGAGGUGUGUGGGUUGGAGAUGGAGGACUUGGAAGAGGACUUGGAAGAGGACGAUGAAGAAGCGGAGGAGGAAGAGGAUGACAUGGAGGAGAUGGAGAUCGUGGAAGACGAGGAGGAUGAGCCUCUGUAUGAAGAUGAUCUGCCGGAGGAAGGUGAUGAUGACGACGAAGAGGAGGGCAAAGGAGGGGAUGUGUAUAACACUUGGGGUGAUUAUGUGGAUGAGGAUGAUGAGGAUCAUGAUGAGGAUGAUGAGGAUGAUGAGUAUGAUGAUGAUGAUGAUGGAGAGGUGGAGGGGGAGGAGUGGGGGAGAGUGGAAGACGACGACAAUGAGAAGUGACUCAGUCAGCCCGUUCCUUCACGACAACUCAGCAAAAGCUCUCAACUGACAUUUGAAGGACAAAAAAACGUAGGAAAAUCCUAAGAGAGUUUGAUAUUUUGGUACCUACUAGAAUGCAACACAGCCUUCACUUUGGUACCGCGUUGCCUUCUUGUCCCCGGACUGCUGGACUGACAGUGGGGAUGUGUACUGGUGCUAAGUCUCGAGAACUGACUCAGUCUGUCUCUUCAUACUUAUGUCGAUAUGUUUGUGUCUGGUGCUGUUAUGAUAUUUUGUUUGUUCUUUCAACAUUGUUUACAUGUUUUGGCAUUUUUUUAAUGUUUGGAGUACAAGAAAAAGGUAAGAAGUUUCACCUGACCAAACUAUCAUCGUAAGGGCAUCUAAUGUUGCUGUUACUGUCUUAACCUUGUAUUUCUAAUGACAAAAGUGGUCAAAAUAGAAUUCUCACUGUUCCAUGUUAGAGUUGGCCACCACAAUGCCUACUUGGUGCUUCUGAAGGAGUGAAAAAAUAAACCCACUGGAGUCAUCAA